AUGCCCGAAGUGAAGGAUAGUCAAGAUUUGUCUCAGAAGACGACUAGCGAAGCUUCGCAAACGCAGCAUCCUUCGGACUCGGUAACAACAUUGGAAAUAACCAGUCCGAAGAACGGUGUAAUUGUGACAACAAGCCAGUUGCCAUUGUUAGAGUCAGCUAUACAAGUGCAGUUUCAACCUGUCCUGAAUACAUCAGUGAGCGGAGGAAUUCCGGGUGCGGCUCUUUAUCAUAACCCAAUCACUCUUACGCCUGUGACGGCGACGCGAACAAUUGAAAUACCCACUGGAAAUUUAACAAGCAACUCAAGAGGUAGAAAACGCACAGCAACAUCGCGCUUGCCAGCGAAACUUAAAGAGCCAGCGGCGGUGGCAAGAAGAAACGCCCGUGAACGGCGACGCGUCAAAAUGGUUAAUGAUGGAUUCUUACGAUUAAGAAAACAUGUCCCAACUGACCCGAAAAACAAGAAAUUGUCAAAGGUAAAGACAUUAAGACUAGCAAUCGAUUACAUAAAGCAUCUCCAACAGUUGUUAGUGGAGUCUUCCGUGAAGCAGAGCCAUUCCACUCCCACAUACAGUCUAUCUGGGUCAUCUGAUGAAAUGGACGGCGGCACACCUUCUUGGCUUCAUCCUGAACAUCUUGUCAGCAACUUCUCGGAAUUCUCUUCAAAUCUAUCACUAAUGUAA